CAAGAUAAAAGCGGCCAAAGUCGUGGAAGAAAGCACAACUCCUCAGGCGCCUCUGUCGACUGUGUUGUUGUUCUCAAUCACGUCCGCGUAUUGCAUUUAAAUCUGCAUCAUGAAACUCCGUGAUGAUGCUAGCAUCUGACAGCGGAUAUUUUCACGUUCACCACAAACACAUUAAAGUUAGAUCAUGUCUGCGAAGAUUGAAGAGUCGGUUCCAGCCCAAGCACCUGCACCAACAAUAACCAAAACGAAGAAGACACUGACAAAAAAGGCGAAACCUGCUGCAACUGGCUCGCCAGCCAAAAAGAAGAAAAGUAAGAGCAAGACGCCUGGCAAAUACAGCCAGCUUGUCAUUAAUGCGAUCCGAACCUUGGGGGAGAAAAACGGCUCGUCGCUUUUCAAGAUAUACAACGAAGCGAAGAAAGAGAGCUGGUUCGAUCAGCAGAACGGUCGCACGUAUUUGCGCUACUCCAUCCGCGCGCUCCUGCUCAACGACACGCUCGUGCAGGUGAAAGGACUGGGAGCCAACGGCUCAUUCAAGCUCAAUAAGAAGAAAUUUGAGAAAAAGACAAAGAAAAGUGCCACCAAGACGGAGAACUCUGCCAAACCAGCGGCCAAAAAAGCCGUGAAAAAGAAAGUGAGUGCAAAAAAGAGCACCACAAAGACCUCCGGUAAAAAGAAGACUCCCACCACCGAGAAGAAACUGAGUGUUAAGAAGACAACGUCUUCUAAACCGAAGAAAGCAGCUGCAAAAAAACCCAAAGUCGAGAAGAAGAAAGCAACCAAGGCAAAGAAGACAAAAUAGACUUAUUGGAAAUGACGGUUAACUGAAUCAUUGAUGUGUAAAUAGCUUGUUGCAAGAUAAUCGAAAGAUAUGUGGGCAUGUAAUUUUUGUUUAAAAUAUUUGGACUGUCUGCGUUCUUUGUAAAUCGCUUGUGCGCACUUUACUUUACUGAGACACGCCCACUUACAGUGUGCGCUGCAAUACGUCCCGCUGUUUUGAAAUUUGAUCGCUGUUUUGUGUGAUGCAGUAACAUACUUGGAUUUUUUUUGCCAUUAGCUUGAUAUUUUUGUUUGUUUAGAAGAGGACUAUGGUGGGAACGCUUUGGAAAAUAUAAGUUAGUAUUAGAGCCUUUAUGUUUGCUUUUUUUACAACGGCAUCAUCUGUGUACCACACUGACUGUUACAUAAAAUAUUUGUGUGCAACUUUUUAUUGAUGGAUGUUUAAGUAAUGCCUGUUCAUUCCGUUUUUAAAGGCAAUAAAAUUUUGAUCUAUAACAAAAGGAAA